AUUGCAUAUGUUUUUAUAUGUUUACAAUUUGGCGGUUGUUUCACCUAAAUUUUUGGCUAAUAGUUCAAAGGGAAUAAAAUAAAUGGAUCCUAAUAUAAUUGAAUUUAUUGGUGAGAAGUCAGAAAUUAGUAUAAUACCAAGUUUCAAUUUCGAUCCGCUGCAUUUAAUAUCUGGUACAAUUGGACCUUUUCGUGCUGGUCUACCAGUAUAUGUUCCAUUAUGGUUAGCCGUACAUUUACGUAAACAGCAGAAGUGCCGAAUAGUGCCACCACAAUGGAUGGAUAUUGAUACAUUAGAAACAAUCAAAGAGGAGGAAAAAAUGUCAAAGUUUUUUACAAAGAUGCCUGAUGAACACUAUAUGAUUGUGACACAGUUGAUAAUGAAUGCUGCACCAGCUGAUGUUCCACGUUGCGAUGAAAUUCGAACUAUUAUAAAAGAUAUAUAUGAUAUUCGAGAAUCUAAAUUACGUGCUUCGAUCGAUGCUUUUAUUAAAGGUGAAGGAACUUAUGCUAAACUUGAUAAUUUAACGUUGCUGGAGAUACAUAGUGUGCGACCAGUACUUCCACAUGCAUUAGAUCAUAUAUCAAGAUACCAACGUGCUGCACUCGCCACGCAAAAAGAUACAACUGGAUUAGGUCUAAAUAGCACUGCGAACACGAGUGCUUUUUUUACACAGUAAAAAUAAUUGGCACGUGAUUUUUGAUAAUUAUAAUUGCUUAUAGUGCAAUUAUGUAUAGUGCUAAGCACUAAUUAUAGUGCAUAGUGCUUAUUAAGUUUGCCAAAACAUUUAUAAAACGAUCGCGGAGACAACAGGUCAACACGUAUAUGUUGUAGCCUGCUGCGACCUGCUUGUGAAAUCCCUUUUGGAGGUGUCAAACGGCAGUUGGUUGUUGAUACCGACGAGUGGCUCUAACAGAUAGACUCAACCGUUAUUGGAACCUAUAACACGUAUAUAACAUCAAUAAUUGAUAUGACAAGGCAAAACAAGUUGGCUAAUGUAGAAAUGAUUAUUUUUAAGUACAAUUAGUAUAGGUAUUAAUUUUUUAAGUAAUUGUAUAUUAAUUUGUGCAUCAAUAUUCAUGUUAAGAUUAUAUACAUAUAGAAGACUUAAUUACUUUUAUUGUAAGAAUUAAAUUAUUAAAAAAAUGAAAUUAUUAAAGAAAUAUGAUAUUUUUUUUUGUAUUAAAUGCAAUAUAUGUAUAUUGUAUUUCUACAAUUAAUUAAAAAUAUAUU